UCUUCAGGACUGGCAGAAAGACAGAAGAAUACUCAAGUGAAACACCAACUGCACAUUCUUUUUUUCAUUUGGAAAAAUACUUUUCUUGUCAGAAGCAUCAGGCUGAUUUCAAGACACAUGGGUGGACGGAAUUUGUAGUCAUUUUUCUUCCAGUGUUCUUCCCUCAAAGACAUGUUUCUCUGGAUGCUCCUGCCAAUUUCCCUCUCUUUGGUCUCCUUCAUUGGAACGUGGGCCAUAUACGGCUUGGCCUACUCCAACCAGCAUGUGUGUUCGCUCAGUGACUGGACGGGUGAGAACGUCUGCACAGGCAACCUUACCCCUGGAUGCUGCAAGGUUCCCACCCUAAGCACAAGCGGCGCAUACGCCCCAGAGAAUUCACUUUUUACAGCGACCAUCAACGCCGGAUCCUUUCUGUUUCUGCUCUUCGUCAUAUUCCACCAUGCGCAUAUCCUGGAGAAGCACGCCUGUGACUCCGCGCUGAGCAAGCUGGCAGGGGUCUUCGGCGUGGUGGCCUCCUUGGGGGCGUUCACCGCUGGGAACUGUAACCCUGGUUACCUGGCGGUGUUGCACUACGUGGGAGCUGCCAUCAGUUUCUUGUGCAUCUGCUUCUACACGCUUCUGCUGACAGCCCUGACCAGCAGGUGUCAUCUAAGUGGAUAUGAGAAGGUUCUGUACCCGGCACGCAUCGUCUCCACCGUGCUGCAGACCAUCGCCACCGUCUGCUAUACUUUCUUCUUCGCCCAGCACGAGUACCACUACCUUCAUUUGUCCGCAGUAUUCGAGUGGAUCCUCAGCGUCAACCUGGAGCUGUUUGAGCUCAGCUACGCCGUGGAGUUUGGCUUCUUCUCUUCUUACAUGCUCUCAAAUCUCUACAGCAAGCCAGAGGAGGAAGUGCCCUUCAUACUGACCUUGUCCUGAUGCACACGCACAAAGUACGCGUGACUGGACCGAACUUCAUGAAUCACUCAUGCUGUAUCCGCACUUGUAUUGUGUACAAACACACAACCCCUGAACUCAGCUUAGUUGGAUGGUCGUCGUAUUCCAAGCACGUCAUGUUUAUUCAUGUUGACACGUGAAUAAACGUUCAUACGGCGAGUCAGAAGUGCAGCAUGCGUUGUGCGAAUGCAUUGUUAACACAUUACGGCUUUUUUUGCUAGGAGCAUUGUGGGUGUCGACAGUCGUCGCCGCCACAAGUGAAGGCGUGUCAAACAGUAGCCGACGGUGUCAGCGUUUAUGACUCAAAGUCACGCACACCUUAAAGGAAAACUGCACUCUUUUUCUUGUUUUUGGAAUGUUGCCCAUCAUCCACAAUCCUUAUGUGAGACAUGAACACCCGUCUUUCUCUUUUCUGUGCAUUUUAAAGAUAUAAAAACAGCUCAAAAGAGGCAGCUAAUUAAUGCAAGUAAUGGGACACACCUAUUCUGCCUAGAAAGCCUGCUAUUCAAACACCUCCAAAAACCUCCAGCAAGGUUUUAUGGUUUUCUAUCCAUGCUGUGAGCAUGUAGUAACAUUCAUGAUAACAUGUCAUCCUUACAGUAUUUUGGUCAUUUUAAGCAUUAGCGGAACUUCCAUCCUGAGCACAUUGAUUUCACAUAGCAACAUAGAAAUGGAGGCUACACCUAGCGUUAACUUUUACAAACUCAAAAACAAAAACACAGCAGCAGUGGCGGCAGCUCCAGUAUGUAGCGUUAGCUUUCACUACUGGCCUUUAACUGCUCUUUUCAAACGAUAUGGCAACCCAGUGGGGCACGAUCGGUAGUUUCUUAGAUUAAAAUACAGUGGUUAGUCGGGGUGUCAAGACGACAAGACGAUACACAAGAUUGUGCGACGAGAAUGAGGCGAAAUUUUCACAUUACUUUGAAGAAAAGUACAAUGAAUGUGUGACAAUCUGUUGCAAUCUACUAAUUUAAUUUCUACUAGGUUACACUCUUUUGCACUGUGUGUAUGCUAGUGGCCCCGCCUCCACCCACGAGACAAAGAAACUGUAUGACUGACACAAGGGCUCACUCCGUUCAUGCCGUUGAUUUAUGGAACAAAGCCACCAAAUUGCUGAACCCUCUUCCUGCUUGUUUGAGGCAGGAGGCGAGGAAAACAGACACACAUGCACAAGGCAACAUAUUGAAGCUGGCAAAAUGAUCCUGUUCAUUUUCAUUGUUGUUGGCUGAUUAUUUGAUUUUAUCAUCAUCCCAGGCCUAGUGCUCACGAGACAUUUUUUUUCUGAACGAGAAAUCUUGUCACGUUGUCGUGGGGUCUUGUGACACCCCUGGAGUGGUUAGCACUAUGAAUCCGUUCCCACCCCCACCAAAUCAAUUUUUCAGAAAUAAUACAAAUCCAGUGAAUCCCUUCCAGGAAGCCACAAAUGUUAACGCAAAACAAGCUUUUUAUAAUUUUACAGUAAAAGUUUUACAUGCAGAAAACAACUGUAAAGCUAACAAGUACAUCCGUGAUAAAUGAAAGGGAUAAAUGAACAUUUAAGGCAGGGGUGUCAAAACUUUUCCCACCGAGGGCUGCAUACUGAAAAAUCAUAGGAUGCGGGGGCCACGUUUACAUGUUUUGAACCAACCCAUGUACAGUAAAUACGCUAAGAGGCUUUUUUUUUUAUUUAAAAGAAAAAAAACAACCUGCAUCUCAGCUUUGUGUUGUGAGUGACAAAGCCUAUUAUUAGUGUUAGUGUGACUGACAUUACACUUUUGGUAACACUUUAUAAUAAGGUACACAAACAUACAGUAGCUACUGAGGAACUAAUGAAGAACUAAUGAGGAACUAAUGACUAAGGCACAAAAAUGUAGACUAGUCACUGACAAACUAAUGAGGAACUAAUGAGUAGAGUAGUUACUGAGGAACUAAUGAGGAACUAAUGACUAAGGCACAAAAAUUUAGACAAGUUACUGACAAACCGAGGAACUAAUGAGUAGAGUAGUUACUGAGGAACUAAUGAAGAACUAAUGAGGAACUAAAAUUUAAAAUUUAUAAAAUUUUUGACCAGUUACUGACAAACUAAUGAGGAUCUAAUGAGUAGAGUAGUUACUGAGAAACUAAGGCCCAUAAAUUUGAACUAGUUACUGAGGAACUAAUGAAGAACUAAUGACUAAUGAGUAGUGAUUAGGGUUAGGUAUGUUCAUUUCUCAUUACCUACUGUACUUUUGAGUACCUUAUUGUAAAAUGUUACCCACUUUUUUUGCUUGCUGUUUUCGCCCCCGCAUAUUUUACAUUUCUUCUCAUAAAUGUUUUGGUUUGGUUUCAUUUAUUUUGAACAUGCAUACAAGUUAUUUUGGACUACAUCACAUUACAAUUCACAAUUCUACAUGUCCAAAAAAGGAGUAGGAAGAAGCAGAGCUUAUCAAUUCCUACCCUUUUCAACUGCCAAUAUAUUUGUUCACUUCCUGUAUUCAACAGGAGUUAAGUCAUGUAUAUGCCAGUUUUUCCUCUUAUGUCCUUACUGUCAUAAUGUUUUCAUCACGUUCGGCGUGUAGCCGGUAGUAGGAUCCCAGGAUUCAAGAUCCAAGAGUUUUAUUGUCAUAUGCACAGUAAAACAUGUAGUUCUGCCCUGCAGGAUGCAGAGGAGACACGAAUCCGUGUAACAAAAAAUGAUUUAUAGUUCACAGAAGUUGGUAACAAAACAAGACUGUUCACAGGUAAAAAAAAAACAACAUAAAUUCCGGGCCGAGCCGCGAAGAAAAAAUACCAAAUAAAAGAUCAACUAAGGGCGCUGCAUACACGGGAAAUAGCAGGAGCAAAAGAUACACAAAGCAAAAAUCACUGCUGACAAAAGAUAGCAGGAGAAAAAGAGAAAACCAAAAGAGCUGCUGAAGACCGAGCAGUAACAAACA